AUGAUGGCGAUCAUCGGAAUGUUUUUCCAGGACGGCUUGACCGGCUCUGCCUGGGGCGACUGGGCGCUCUACACGGGGUCUCCGUUGCGCGCGUUCGAGAGCGAGCUGGGCGUGCAGGCCCCUGUGGGCUACUGGGAUCCCCUUGGCCUGAGCGCCGACGGCGAUGCCGACUCCUUCAAGCGGCGCCGGGAGACCGAGCUGAAGCACGGACGGGUGUCGAUGCUCGCGACGAUGGGCUACAUCACCCCCGAGUAUUUCAAGUUCGCUGGCUACCUCUCGCCGUCCACCGGUCUGAAGUUCUCGGACGUGCCAAGCGGCCUUGGCGCGCUCGCAAAGGUGCCGGGAGCUGGCAUCUGCCAGUGGGUCAUCUUUUGCGGGCUGGUGGAGGUCAACUUCGGUUUCGGCGCCUUCAAACGGGGCAGCGAGCCAGGAAACUACGGGUGGAGGGCGAUCACCUCGACCGACCCCGAGACGAAGCAGAAGAAGCUCAACGCCGAGAUUGCGAACGGUCGCCUGGCCAUGAUGGCGAUCAUCGGCAUGUUCUUCCAGGACGGCCUGACCGGCGCUGCAUGGGGUGACUGGGCGCUCUACACGGACUCCCCGCUCCGCGCCGAGCCCGUCUCCGUCGCCGCCGCCGCCGCCGCGGCCGCCGCGGCCAAGGGCGCGGUGGCGGCGGGCUCCGCGAAGGCGGCGGGCGCCAUGGCGGCCUCGGGCGCGGCCGCGGGCGCGGGCGUGCUCAGGCAGGGGAAGACGGCGCCUGGCCUGGCCACCAGCUACGAGCCCUUCGGCCCGGGCCCAUUCGACCCCGCGAAGCAGGUGGGGGCGCUCCCGCCGCUCGGCUUCUGGGACCCUGCGGGCCUGUGCACGGACGAGGCCACCUUCCGCAAGUACCGCACGGCCGAGAUCAAGCACGCCCGCGUGGCCAUGAUGGCGGCCAUCGGCCUCACCGCGGCCCACGGCAACAAGUUCCCGUGGGUCAGCCCGGAGACCCCCUCCGGCCUGGCGGCCCUGCAGGAGCCGGCGGCCGCCCAGGCCUUCGGCAUCCUCUUCCUGACGGCGGGGUUCUACGAGCUGAAGUUCUGGACCGAGAGCGAGUCGAGGGCUCCCGGCGACUUCGGCGACCCCGCAGGGUGGACGACCACCUUCGGAGGCGUCCAGUUCGACGACGAGCUCCGCAAUCGCGAGCUCAACAACGGCCGCUUCUCGAUGUUCGCAGUCAUCGGGAUCCUGGUGGCGGAGCAGUGGACCGGCCUGGACGGGGUUGACCAGUUCGAUGCCGCCAUGAAGCGAUGGCAGGGGAUGGGCGGUUUCGAGAACUUCUGA